CGUGUGGAUUCGUAAUUGUCAAGUUUUGGAGUCGAAUUCUUACUGUUUUCAGGAUUGGUGUUUAGGAAACGCCGUAGAUCAUGGCGACUCCGGCUGAUUCUCGGGCUGUCAAGUCGCUCAACAACUCCUCCAAGGGAAAGAAGAGAUAUGUGUUCAAGAAAUUCUCUGAGAGAAUCAACGACAUUGACAUCAAGAAAAAAGUCUUUAGGAGUCUCGAUAAGGUGAAAGCUGAGCCUUGUCAAGGUUCCACAUUUUUCAAGGACUGCCUCUUAGAAUUGAGGGAGCUGAAUACAGCAUCAGAUUUUAUUUUGUUUUAUGAAGAGAUGUUGCCGUUUGUUCAGAAUCUGGAGUUGAUUCUCUUGCAAAAGGAAUUUAUCUUCUCAAAACUUGUCUCUGGAUUACAUAUGAAAGCAAGAUUGUCUCUCGAUGCCUUUCUCAGGGACAUUAACUUGGUUACUCACUCUCAGGCUGUCUACUUUUGCAGGUUGAUUGCUGCUUUGUCGAGAGAUAUCCUGGAGGACUUUAUUCCCUUCCUUCCACGAAUUGUUAAUUCUUUGGUGAUGCUUCUGGAAAAUGGUGGUCAGAAAGAUCCAGAUGUUAUUGAGCAGAUUUUCUUGUCAUGGUCUUUCAUAAUGAGGGACCUUCAGAAAUUUCUUAUACGUGACAUCGAAGGUAUUCUCAGGGAUACAUUGGCGCUGAGGUAUUACCCUCAGGACUAUAUCAGUGAUAAAAUGUCAGAUACAAUGUCAUCUUUGUUGACGAGUGCACAGGAUAAUCAACUAAAGAAAGGGAUCAAGAGGAUCCUUUCUGAAGUUGCUGAUCCACUGAAAAAAGCUGGAGGAGUGGCUUUACUAUAUUCUGUUAUGAGGGGUACCUCUGUGAGUCUCCAUUCCAAAGCUCGGAAGGUUUUGAGGUCGAAUGUGAUAAAUGUAGGAAUUAUUGUUAGAGAAGGGGAAGUCGGUUCUGAUAGUACAGUAGAAGCUGUGAGUUCAACUUUGCAAAGAAUAUGCGAGAAUUUUAAAGCAGAAGAAUUAAGUGUUAUGUGGAACUGCUUGUAUAAAGAAACAGAAGAAUCAAUCGCAAACAAAAAAUCAGCUCAUUUAAGCCGACUGUUGACUGUGCUUACUUCAGCUGUUAGGGCUGAGAAAGGUCUCAAGGUUUAUGAUUACCCGUAUUUGGUUGGACUCGUGAGCCAGAUUGUGUCAACUUUUAUGGAUUCCUCUGCCACUGUUGUAGAAGGGGAUAACUUCUCUGCUGUUCUUGAUAAAGUUCUGGGACUGAUGUUAUGCACCAUUGACAGUCCUAGUGCUGUCAGUGAAAUGGAAUCCAUUGCUUCGCAAUGGGCCCCCAUUUUUUCCUUGAAGAGUUCAAGUUCGAUCAAUAAUAUGAUUUUGUGGUCUUCGGAGGACGUUCUUCCUCUGUUAGUAUCAUUGUGUGAGAAGCAGCAAGCAAGUCCCGACAGGGUGACCAUCAUAGGGGAAUCAUUUGAGAGCAAAUUUGAGAGAAUUCAUGAGUAUUUGGAAGAGAAUAUUAAGAAAAUUCAGACGAAGAUAGAGAAUACAGGAUUAGCUCAAAUUGAUGAGGCUGAGUUGGCUGCUGUUUGGGGAGCUGUCAAUUGUUUUCCCUAUUUUAAAGUGGAUUCAUCAUUACUGAUUUGCUUUAAGAAUACUCUCAGACACCAUUUGGCAGCCUCAGUUGUAAACACUUCUAGUGCUCCAGUAUUGAUGUGGCAGAGCUUACUUGGUGCUGCUUUGGGGUCAUGUCUCAAAUUCUGUCCUAAUGGAAGACUCAUCCACAGUGAUUUAGAGGAAGCUUUGUCACUUGCUAAAUGUUACAAGUCAUGUGCACAAGUGCUGUCUCCUGUGGCCGACUAUUUGGAUUUUGUGUACAGGCCUCUAAUUGCUAACGAUGAUAGCUGUAAAGCAUGUCCAGAUCUCCAAGCAAAUAAAGCUCAAGAGACGUUUGACGUAUUUUCUGAAAAUUUACGUCACUCAAACAAAGAUGUCCGUCUUCAGACUAUACGGAUUUUGUGCCAUUUUGAAACUUUGUCUCCUAAUCCAUCUUUGGAAGAGAAUCCUCCAAAGAAGAAACAGAAAACUGAAGUGAUUCCAACGUCUUCUCCUAAAAGAAAUGUUCUUCAGUUGUUGCUCACAGUUGAAAAGUCCCCUCAUACAGUUUCAACUGAAACGAAGUUGAUCAGUUUGAUUACAAGAAUAGAAGAGGAUCUGUCUACUUGCAGGAUACAUGAGGCAUAUGUACCGGUGGUAUUCAAUGGAAUGAUAGGAUUAUUUUAUAGUCGUUAUUCUAAAGUAUGUGUGGCAGCAUCUAAGUGCCUUGCGGUUCUUAUGAAGAAGCACACAGCAAUGGUGUGGAAUGAUUUUGUUUGUUAUCUGGGUCAGUGCCAACAAAAAUUUGUAGCAAUACAUAAUCAUCCUGAGUGUGGAAAGUACAGCAUCUCAGAGAAGUAUACUGAUCUGAUGGAGCAUUUUUAUAAAUUUCUAUAUCCACCAUCUGAUAGCACAUCUACUGCAGAAGUGAUAUCUAUGUUGCUCCAGACCUUACAAAAAGUUCCCACUGUUGCUCAGUCGCGGGUUUCUGAAAUUCUCCCUCUGUUAUUAGAAUUUCUUGGAUACAACAGCGAAAAUCCCGAGAGGGUCGGAUUAUUUAAGGGCGGAGCUUGUAAAGGAGAGGAGUGGAAGCAGUUACUUAUACAGUGGAUGAUUUUGCUGAAGUUGAUGAAGAAUACGGGGUCGUCUCGUACUAGUCUAUUUGUUAACGACGUUCUGCAAAAUAGGUUCCUUGACGAUAAUGAUGCUAAAAUACAAACGAAUGUCCUAGAGUGCCUUCUGGAGUGGAAUGAUGACUUACGCCCACACUGCUUGCAUUUAUUGAAUUUGAUUAAACCAGAUAAAUUGAGUGAUGAGCUCACAACCUGGAACUUAUCCAAAGACAUUGAAGAAGCUAGCAGACCUCAUCUUGUUUCUCUUGUAAUUCGCAUUCUUAUGCCAAAAGUUAGGAAUUUAAAGAAUUCAGCUUCGCGUAAGCGUACAAGUAUUCCUCACCGGAAGGCGAUUCUUCGCUUUUUUAUAUCUCAGAUGGAUGUUAAUGAACUUUCCCUGUUCUUUGCUUUGUUGAUAAAGCCUUUGAACAUUAUACCAGAGGAAGCCAUGGACUUGUUUAGUAGCUCAGGAAAAAGUUCUGUGGAUUGCUUCCAAAAGUUGAAUUUCUUGAAAUAUCUCACUGUUGAUACUAUUUCGACCUUAUCCAGGAAGCAGAAAUCUGGGUUUCUUUCUGUCAUCCAACAAAUCCUUGAAGUUUUUGAUGAACCCCAUGUCCGACCAUUUUUAGACUUCCUGAUGGGAUGCGUUGUCCGGCUAUUGGCUGGCACUUCUUUAAAGCAGUUUAAAAAGUUGAGAUCCUUAUGUCUGAAGAUUAUUGCAUAUGCUCUUAAGAAGUACGGGGAUUGCAAUCUUGGCUCUGAGUUCUGGGACCUCUUCUUUUCAGCAGUGAAUCCGUUAAUUAAGAGUUUUAAGCAGGAAGGCUCUAGUAGUGAGAGACCAAGCUCAUUGUUCAAAUGCAUCUUUUCAAUGAGUAAAAGCUGCAAUCUCGUGACCUUCUUAUGUCGGGAGGAGUUUCUUAUUCCAGACAUUUUUUCAAUCCUAACAGUCACUACAGCUUCAAAAGAUAUAAAGUCUUAUGCCUUGAAGUUCAUCGAGAAUCUGCUCAGGCUUGAAAAUGAGUUGGAUGAGGAUGAGCAUAUGAUCAAAGGGUUCUUAGAUCCAUAUAUAGAGGCACUGAUUAACAGCUUGCAUUCCCUCUUUCUUGGGGAUAUUUUGAAAAGGAAAUCAGUCAAGUAUCAUGGAAAUAGAGAGAUUAUGAUUCUCAAACUAUUGUCGAAGCACAUACGAGAUGGGUCUCAUGUUACGAAGUAUUUGGAUGUCUUGCUGUCUUUCUUGGAUAAAAGUGUGAAAGAUUCUGAUAUUCAUCGUGAGGCUUUGCUAGCCAUUCAGGACAUCUCAUUGAACCUUGGGACUGAGAGUACCAGCAGAAUUGUUAAGAUACUGUCUCCUCUGCUUAUUGACGCUGAAAAUGAAGUUAGAUUAUGCAUUUGUAAUCUUCUUGAAUCUCUUGCAAAAGUUGACCCGUCUCUGGUUCAUAUGGCAAAAUGUGUCCGCGAUAUGAAUGCCAACUCACCCAUGGAAGUUGAUGGCCUUGACUAUGAAAAGAUAAUUGAUGCUUAUGGGAAGAUUGAUGCAGAUUUUUUUAAUAAAUCCUCGGAGCAGCACGUGAUGAUCAUACUCUCACAGGGCGUAUACAACAUAUCAUCAGAAGAGCUUACGUUAAAGGAUAGCGCACGUAACCUCUUGUGUUCUUUCAUUGAAUUUUCAGCCUCAAUACUUUGCCUAGAGGCUUCUGCUCACUCUGACAUUAUCAAAGAGGUUACAAAAUCUGAUGGAAGCUGGACUGGAGAUCGUGUAUUGUGGAUUAUAAAUAAGUUUAUUUUGAAACACAUUGGAGAUACAAUAAAUAGAGGAAUUUCUACUGGAAAGGGGGAAAUUCUCUUGAUACGCAAAAUGGUGACAACACUUCCAGAUGCCGGAAAUCUUACUGCAUUCAGACCUUUAUGCUCAGAAGACGAUGAAGUGGAUUUCUUUAAAAACAUUUUUAGCAUUCAGGCACACCGUAGAGCAAGGGCAGUUAAACGUUUCACAAAGGUGGUCAAAGAUAGCAGUCUGCCUGAGGGAGUAGUGAGAAGACUUUUGGUCUCAGUUUUUUUCAACAUGUUGCUUGAUGGACAAGAUGAAAAAGGGAAAAAUGUUCAAGAUGCAUGCAAAGAAGCCCUUGCAUCUGUAUCUGGUCAUAUGAGUUGGAAGUCAUACUACGCCCUAUUGAAUCGGUGUUUCCAUGAGAUGAAAGAGCAUACCAAAAAGAGAAAAAUUCUGCUGCAGCUUAGUGGCUUGAUUUUAAAUAACUUCCAUUUCUUAAAAGAUAGUUACACACAUGAGGCUGCGGAGAUUAGGAGUUGCGUUGAGAAAAUCCUUUUGCCGAAGAUACAGAUGCUGAUUGAUUCUGACAGUGUUAAUGUUGACAGCUACGUGGCUGCAGUGAAGGUUCUAAACCUUCUGCCCAAAGAAAUAAGGGACCCGCAGCUAGGCUCUAUAGUUCCUAAAAUUUGCAGUUAUUUGAAGGAUGGGUUGGCGAGCACACGUGAUGUAGCAAGAAAGGCUCUGGCUGCUUGUGUCGCAGAACUCGGGCUAGAGUACCUGCAAUUUGUUGUAAAAGAUUUACGUGCUAUAUUAAAACGAGGAUCUGAGGUGCAUGUGCUAGGAUACACUGUCAAUUUUAUCUUAUCAAAGUGCUUGUCCAAUCCUAAUCCUACGUGUGGGAAGUUGGAUCAUUGUUUGGGAGAUCUCCUUGCAGUGGUGGAAACCGAUAUCCUUGAAGACGUUUAUGAACAGAAAGAGGAGUUAAAAACCGCGUUCAAGAAGAAGAAAGAAACAGUAAAACGCAAGUCACCUGAGACUCUGAAAAUGAUUGCUGAAAAUGUAACGUUCAGAAGUAAUCAUGUGUUGAAGUUACUUUCUCCGGUCACAGCUCAGCUGCAGAGGCCUUUGACUCCAAAGUUAAUAUCAAAACUAAAGGAGAUGUUAAAAUGUAUUGCAGCUGGUAUUGAAGGCAAUCCAUCUGUUGAUCAAAGAGAUCUUUUUUGUUUUAUAUAUGAACGUGUUGUUGAUGGUAUUAACGACAGGAAUGGUCUUGGAGAUGAAGCAUGGAAAAGGAAAUCAAGAGAUCUGCAAGUGACAGAUGGUGCUAAGUCAUGUCCACAUCUUAUAACCGUGUUUGCUCUGGACUUAUUGCACAACAGACUGAAACAAAUAGACCUGAACAAUACUAACGAAGGACUGGUGUCAAUGUUGGAUCCUUUUGUCAAACUACUUGCUGGGUGCUUGAGUUCUAAGUAUGAAGAUGUUGUAUCUUUAUCUGUUAGAUGUUUCACUCCACUGUCAAAAUUGCAGCUGCGCUCCUUCAAAUCUGAAGCAGAUAAAGUGAAGACAGCACUGCUAACUAUUAUCGCUCAGUCUGCAACGAGUUCCAGUAGUCCUCUUGUGCUGUCAUGCCUUAAGCUGUUUACAGUUCUUCUCGAAUCAGGAAAAUUCACUUUAUCAUCUUGGGAGUUGAAAAUGUUGCUUCAACUUCCCAUGUUUGUUGAUCUGGAAUCGGAUUCAUCUGAGGAUUCAUCUGUUACUUCUCUGUCACUUAUCAAGGCCAUUUUGGGAAGGAAGCUUGCAGUCCCAAACAUACAUGAUAUAGCAGGUCAGGUAUUAGGGUUGAUGAUAAAGACCCACUCGGACCAUACACGCAAGCAUUGUAAAAAAUUACAUUUGGAAAUUUUGGUCCAUUAUACACCUUCUGAGAAAUGCCUACAACGACAUGUUAACAUUUUGCUGAAACAUCUGAGCUAUGAAAAGUUAACUGGAAGACUAGCAGUUCUUGACAUGCUUGAAGAUCUUAUCAAUAAUUUCUCGAAACCUUAUCCUGGCAAGCAGUCGUUUCUUGACCAGCAGUCCCAAAACUUCUUUCUUCAGCUUGCUCGUCGUUUGGCAACUGAUGAUGAUAAAAAAGUACUGUCGAAGAUUUGUCAUGUGAUAAAACUUCUGAUAGGUCGCAUCAGUAAAGAUCAAGUUGAUUACAGCCUCGAGCACUGUCUGGUUUGGUAUAAGCAUGAGAAUUCACGUGCUAUAGCUGCACAGGUACUGGGAUUAUUCAUCGAAGCCAUGAAGGAAAUAUUUCGGAAGCAUAUCUGCAAUGUAUUGCAGGACGCUAAAAUGAUUUUGGAGUCUACUGUACUGUUGCAAGAUACGGUUGAGGAAGGCAGUAUUCCUUUCUGGAAGGAAGCUUAUCAUUCACUUGUUAUGAUAGAGAAGAUGCUCCAGCAGUUUCCUGAUUUAACUUUUGGAAAAGAUUUUGAGGAUAUUUGGAAAAUGGUGUUUAAGUUGUUGUUGCACCGACACCAAUGGUUGCGUACUAUAUCCUGCAGGCUCUUGAAUUAUUAUUUCAAGGAAUCAGGAAAAUCUCAGAAACUAGUAGCUAGUUCUCUUCUCGGGAAGCCAAGUAGCCUGUUCAGGGUGGCUGUUUCUCUUUGUGUCCAAUUAGAGGAUCAACGCAGCACAUGCAUUAAAGACAUUACAGAAAAUAUUGGUUUUGCUCUCUCUGGUCUUCAUUCUAUGAUUGGACAAUCUGAUGAUGAGUUCUGUUCCAGUCUUGACGAUGAUGAGAAAGUGUUGUUCCUCAAUGCCUUUGAAGAGCUUGAUUCAGGGAAAGGAAGGUCUAAUUUUCUGGCUCUUACCUCAGGAAAACGCAGUGAAAACGAUGCGAGAAAUGUAUUGAUUGGAAGUUUGCUCAAAAGAAUGGGGAAGCUCGCUCUUGACAUGGACUCUCUUCAGAUGGGAAUUGUGUUCAACGUCUACAAAGCAUUUGCCUCACAAUUGAAUCAAGAAGAUUUUCUCUUAUAUGCCUUCAGAAUCCUGCUCCCGUUGUACAAAGUUUGCCAAGGAUUUACCGGAAAAGUCAUCACAGAAGAGUUGAAACAGCUAGCGGAAGAGGUAAGAGACAGUAUAAGAGACAAGAGCUUAGGCAGCCAACUGUUUGUGCAAGUCUACAGCGAAAUCAAAAAGAGUAUGGAAGCGAAAAGGGAGAAGAGGAAACGAGAAGAGAAGCUAAUGGCGGUGAUAAACCCGGAGAGAAACGCAAAGAGGAAACUCAAGUCUAAGAUGAUGAUAGCACAGGGAUUGGGAAUAUAUGUGGUGGAGAGCAAACGAGGAGCAAUAUUAUGUAUAUUGCUUUCUCUGCUCUGUUUAGGCACUUGGCCUGCUCUUAUGGCUCUUCUUGAGAAUCAUGGCACUUGGCCUGCUCUCAUGGCUCUUCUUGAACGGCGUGGUCGCCUCCCACAACAUACUUAUCUUGAUUAUUCCAUCACUAACUUCUUGGCUGCAAUCUUUAUAGCCUUUGUGUUUGGUGGGCUUGGUGAAAGUACACAUGAGGCACCAAGUUUCAUUACACAACUCACUCAGAUUCAAGAUAAUUGGCCCUCUGUGUUGUUUGCGAUGGCGGGUGGGGUGGGUUUAAGUAUUGGGAAUCUUGCUACUCAGUAUUCUUUAGCUUUUGUUGGUCUGUCUGUUACAGAAGUGACAACUGCGAGCAUCACCGUUGUUGUAGGCACCACUGUCAAUUACUUUUUGGACAACAGAUUGAACCGAGCUGAUAUUCUUUUCUCUGGUGUUGGCUGCUUCUUGGUAGCUGUUUGUCUUGGUUCUGCGGUUCACUCUUCCAAUUCUGCUGAUAUAGAGGCGAAACUCGGAAAACUCUCAGGGGAUUGUGAAACUGUGAGCCACGAAGAGUGUCAGAGACUAUUUGGAGGCCUUUGUUUCUCAUUGUUCUCACCACUAUUCAACCUUGCAACAAACGAUCAAUGGCACACUCUAAAACUAGGCGUUCCCAAGCUGAUUGUCUACACUGCGUUCUUCUAUUUCUCACUAUCUUGCUUUGUAAUCGCCGUCGCUCUCAACAUUGGCUUCCUGUACAAACCUGUGCUCGACUCACCAAGAUCUUCCUUCAAGGAAUACCUGAGUGACUGGAACGGAAGAGGUUGGGCACUUGCAGCUGGAUUGUUUUGUGGGUUUGGUAACGGUCUUCAGUUCAUGGGUGGACAAGCUGCAGGAUAUGCAGCCUCAGAUGCUGUUCAGGCACUUCCUUUGGUAUCGACUUUUUGGGGGAUAUAUCUGUUUGGGGAGUAUAGGAGAUCAUCUCCGCGAACAUAUGCUUUGCUUGUUGGAAUGCUGGUGAUGUUCACUGUUGCUGUGGGGCUUCUAAUGGCCUCGGCUGGGGAAAGAGAUACCCGAUUUACCUAAAGAGUUCAUCGUUAUGAACAAGAACAUAUACGGUGUGGCUCUUCAAGAUGUUGUACAUUGUGGUUACUUCAAGUGAAAGAAAAUGUAAAUAAUCAGCUGUUUGAUAU